CAAACGUACAAGGCAUUUGUUCUGAAGGAUGUCAAGCAGCUUGCGUUCGAGGAGCGCAAAACGCAGCCAAUCAAAGACACGGACGUGAGAGUGCACGUUGCUCAGACAGGUAUCUGUGGUAGCGACGUGCACUAUUGGCAAAAGGGCCGGAUUGGAAAGUUUGUGUUUGAGAAGGGCAUGGACAUGAUUCUUGGUCACGAGUCGUCUGGUGUGAUUGUGGAGGUCGGUGACGCCGUGAAGGGCCUGAAGGUGGGCGACCGCGUGGCCAUCGAGCCAGGUGUUCCGUGUCGAUUCUGUGCACUGUGUCGUGACGGGCUUUACAACCACUGUGACAACAUGAAAUUCGCCGCAACUCCACCCGACGACGGCACUUUGGCCAAGUACUACACAGUGGCCUACGACUACGUGUACAAGAUCCCAGACUCGAUGGACAUGGAAGAGGCUGCGCUCGUGGAGCCGGUCAGUGUGGCUGUGCAGAUCUGCAAGCGGGCACGUCUUCAGGCCAUAGAUAAGGUCGUCGUGUUUGGAUGCGGGCCGAUCGGUCUGCUGACCCAGGCGGUUGCCAAAGCGUACGGCUGCCGCAAGGUUAUUGGGUGCGACAUCAGCGACGGCCGGCUGGAGUUUGCCUCCAAUUACGCUGCCGACAACGUGUACAAGAUGCCGUUCAAAGACGCCGACGAGUCCGACGAGACGUACGCCAAGAGAGUGUCCGCAGACAUCAAAUCCAAGUUCGAUUUAGGUUCUGGAGCAGACGUAAUUUUGGAAGCGUCGGGUGCAGAGCCGUGCAUCCAGGUCGGUGUCUUUCUGGCCAAGCCCGAGGCGCGCUUUGUGCAGGCAGGAAUGGGCCGCGAGUUUGUGAGCUUCCCGGUGACAGAAGCGCUCGUGAAGCAACUCAACUGGACGGGAAGUAUUCGGUACUCUGCAGGGGUGUAUCCAAUUGCGGUGGACCUCGUUGCCAGCGGCAAGGUGAAGGUAAAGCCUCUGAUCACGAACCGUUUUACGUUUGAGCAGGCCGAGGAAGCCUUUGAGCUUGUCAAGGCUGGCCGCACCGAUGUAAUCAAAGUUAUUAUCCAGGGUGUGCAAUAGAAGCAUUAUUAUAUGUAAUUACUGGCCUCCAGACUAUAGUAGCAAAUACCGCGAUGAUGGGAGUCGGAUACGAUGGCGUUCUGCAUCGCGUGCGGCUACGGAAAUUUUAGUGUGCUUUUUGUUCGCUGAGUUGCAUGCGGCGUUUUUUUAGUGGUUGCUCCAGGCUGCACUUGCAGAAUAUCAGGUGCAGGAGUUUAGCGACUGGCCCAGCUCUCCAACGCUCAGAAAGGAAACAAAUAUAAAGCAACAGAACCUGGCCAUUUCACGAAAUUCGAGCAGUUUGGCCGUUCAUCUCGUAUCUCAAGUGGAUCCUGAUGAUUUCAUUGAUGCAAAAAAGAGAUCCCAACCACUUUAAUGUGAAGCUUCCUUCCUUUGACGAGCUGACAAAAACUUUCUCUAAGCGGGAGCCUCCCGCGCCGCCCGAGGUGCCCGGCACUUUCCACCGCCGCCUGCCGAGCCUCCAAACGGACUUGUAUCCCUCGUUUCAGCAGAUGCGUUUGAGAAGCGGUUCUGACGUGGGAUACCUGGCGCAGGGCACGUCUGCCGCAAAUUUCGCCGUGCCUCCGCCGGCCAGCACAACAAGCUCUCUCGAGACGAGCCCGCUGGGCCCGCCUGGUCCACCAUCGGCAGUGAGUUACUCCAAUCCUCCCUCAGCAGAAUAUAUUGUUCCUGAGCAGUUUCGGUUCCCGGCGGUAGACCCUAACCAAGAAUUCGCCGACAGGCUCCGCGGCGCGCAGCAGAACAUCAACGAGCUCAACCAGUUUAUGCGUCCGCUCACACACGCCACAACGCUGAACCAGCUGCCGCCCCUGUCCGAGCUAGAAAUCGACAGGGCCAUCAGAAACACCGACCAAAUGCGUAUUUUUUUCCAGUACCUACGUGGACAACGCUCUCAGAAAUUCGCCGCGUGCAGCGAGCCCGAAAAUAUUCACCGCACAACAGCCUAUCAAGACACAGCCAAGACCAAAAUGCAAGCACACCGCCCAACCAAAUCGGAGCCAUCCAUCAUGGGUGAGUCGGCGCUGCUAAGAGUGCAUCCCCCUAAGCCGCUCAUUGUCUCCGAAACUGACACAGACCAGAUGCCUAAGUUUGUUCCGCAGGGAACUCUGCAACAGGAGCUGAGUGUGAAGCCGCGCACGAGGUGUCUUCACUGUGGAUCGAUCAAUACGCCGGAGUGGCGCAAGGGUCCUAACGGGACGCGGACCCUGUGCAACGCGUGUGGGCUAUUCCACUCGAAACUGGUAAAAAAGCGGGGGCUCCAGGAGGCAGAAAUUAUCAUGAAACGGCGCCGCGAGACGGGCAAGUCGACAGACCGCAGAAUCAACGAAUAA